GCCGCUGGCCGAAGCCAGCGCCUGGCCGGGACCCGGAGUUCAGUCGUUCAGCGCCCGUGGCACCGUUCGAACGUGUUGUUUUGACGUGGUUCAUCGACCCGUCGCUCGCGCUCUCUCCCGUCUGCUUCCCGGUUUCGUGACAUUGAAAACUUGCGCUCUACUUAUUUGGCCGACUUGAGCGUCUUUACAAUCAGCUCUCUUGAUGGUACUGGUGUGCGCGUCGCUCUAACUGUUCGGUUGUGGUAGAAGGAAAUAUCAGCUUGUAACCUGUCAUCAGCGUUCGGAUCUGUCUCUUUCCAUUGUUCGUCUCCUGGAACUGCACCGUGAGUUUUGUACGUACUGCAUAUACUGGCUAGUCUGCAACUGUGUUCAACGGGACGCGCAGUCAGACAAUAUCCGGCAAUCGACAUUCAAGAAACUUUGCUUCGAGGUAGGCGAAAAAAUUGGUGCGUGCAAACAAUCCGUGAUUUUUUUUUCUUCUAGACAUUCCGUCAGGGCCUACGCUGUGCCACUCGUUUGUAGCGCCAAUGCUUUUCGGAACUGUCAAAAAACUGAAAGCUGUGUUUUAACGAUCGUCGCUCGGACAAUCGUUCACCAGGUUGCCACAGAAACAGAGCUGUUAGAUCGAGAGUGCGCAUUGGCACUAGUGCUAAGAAGAGAAACAUAUCUUUUGAGAUUUGUAACAUUCAAGGAAAAAAAACAAGUUUACGCAAUAUUCCCCACGGCUGAUUGAAAAUGUUUCUAGAUGAAAACUUAAUACUCGCGGAUCGUCAACGCUUUCAGUUGCCCGCUUAUUUAUUUGAAUUUAUCCGUGAUUAUCUAGCCAUUUAGAAGGUUCGUGAAGAUAGAGCUUGCUCUUUCACACUCUUGUUUGGUUGUCGCUUUAUCGAGUGGCAGAGUGAUUUUUCUGAGGACCUCACUGGGGUCAUCACACAAGCGUCCCGGUCAUUUGGUCACCUGUGGCGUCGGCCAUUGGAACGCUGGACUUAGACCGUCGCACAGAAUAUUUUCGCUGUGCCAGACUGGACGGUGCUACUUGCCCUCUUGGACGGUACACAGUGCGUAGCAGAUGCUGUGACUCUUGUUGGAAAACUGGUGCGCAAGCUCGGUGGAAAGAAAUCGCUCCAUCAAGCCCUGUUAUACUGAACUCGCGGACAUGUCACUUCUUCUCCUGCUGCUGGCGGCUAUAUUUGUGUUCGCCGUCGUGCUCGUGGUGACAUACCUGACGUACCGACGGCUGUACGACAACCUCCAGUUCAAGCCGAAAGUGCUCAACGACAGUCCCGUUCACGUCAAGAUUGCCCCAAGGUCUCCCAGUUCUGGCAACGUACCGUCGAUAACAAUCAGCCACAGCCUUCCCGAGAUGACGGAAGUUGUCACCGACUGGACUCAGGAUGCCGUCGCCAAGAAGGUGGCCCCCUUGCGGCAGAUUACCCUUCCGGCAGUGCCUACCCGUCAUCUGACCUUUCAGAGGCAACUGUCGCACCGUCUUGACCUAUCCACAACGGUGCCCUUUGAAGUGUGCAACAUGCAACAGCGUGAGAGUCACGGCACCGUGGGAGCGAUACAGCCCGAGCUGUACGACCAGGAGGGCCUCAAUUCAGGGGAGUCCAGACGGGACUCCACCGAACUGGCGGCGCAGGCGAUGACUUGCGGCAAGCUGCACUUCACACUCAAAUACGACAUCGACUUGGAAGGACUCGUCGUCAAAAUACUACAGGCCAAGGAUCUUCCGUCUAAGGACUUCCUUGGUUCAUCUGAUCCUUACAUCAAGCUGUACCUCCUUCCAGAACGCCGCAAGAAGUUUCAGACCCGAGUUCAUCGCAAGAACCUCAACCCGGUGUUCAACGAGUCAUUCGUGUUCGCCCUGACACUGGAGGAACUCCGCCAUAGGACGCUGCAGUUCUCGCUCUACGACUUCGACCGUUUCUCGAGAAACGACCUCAUAGGUCACGUCAUCGUCAAGCCCCUGCACGAGCUGUGCAAUCCCACUCACGAGAUGGAGUACACCAUGGACAUAGUGGGCGUGCCCCAGGAAAAAAUGGACAAGCUGGGAGAGGUCAUGCUUUCACUUUGCUAUCUCCCGACUGCCGGACGACUGACAGUCACUGUCAUCAAGGCAAGAAACCUGAAGUCCAUGGACAUCAGCGGGUCCUCAGACCCCUACAUCAAGGUAAUCCUCGUCUGCGAAGGCAAGCGAAUCAAGAAAAAGAAAACGAGCGUCAAGAAGUCGACGCUGAACCCGGUGUUCAACGAGGCCCUGGUCUUUGACGUGCCACCGGAGAAUGUCGACGACGUUAACCUCGCCAUCAAAGUGGUAGACUAUGACCGAGUCGGGCCAAACGAACUGAUGGGGUGCUGCGCCGUUGGACAGUUGGCCACGGGUGUCGGACGUGACCACUGGCUCGCUGUCAUGGACAACCCACGGAAACCGACUGCCCAGUGGUACCCUCUUGUAGACAGCCUGCCGGCAGAGUUAGACCCGCCACGAACACCGUCGGUGACUUGUCUUAAGUGAAGAGUUUCGGAGGUGGCCGUUUAGAGUUCAGAGAUGGAUGCAUGCCACGACGUUGUUGCUUGGAGAAUUCCGCAAAAAGGGCAUCACUAAGAAGACAACCUGAUUUUGUCAUGGAGAAGUAGUGUUGGUAUUUUCUUCAUGAAUGGUAUCUGUCAAAAUAUGACACUGCGAGCUUGAUCUGUGUUUUAUACCGCUUAGCUGCCUACUGUAUACAGCACAUUUCGGCCACAGCUGUUCAGACAGAUUGUCACGUGUAUUGUAAUAUUGCAAGAAAAAAAAAAGAGGGAAGUUGAAGCUUGAAAUACAAAGCAGUUCAGAUAGUCUGUGUGACACGGUGACCGGCACGAAUUAAAAUUGGCUGUAAGAGUGCCUUUCAGCCUUAGGCUUGAAAGCACUUGUACAGGUUUUCAAUGUUUUGCUCUUCAUAAUGAGAAAAAGACGUCACUAGACAAAGGUA